AUGACACGCAAAUCGAUCCUCUCGGUUAACGCUGGAUCGUCCUCGGUGAAGAUCACCUUUUAUACCUUUGAGACCCCCCCCAAGGUAGUUGCCAAUGCACAGAUCUCAGGGAUCACGGCUCCGCCAGCAAAGUUUAAAUACACCCGGGGUUCGACGAACCACAAGGAGCAACUCAAGGAAGAUUUGACCACCCCUCAAGAUGCAUUCAAGUUCCUCCUGAAACGAUGCUUGUCGGAUCCUAAUCUAUCCGAAGUCGCCAGCAGUGAUGAUUUGGCGUUUAUUUGUCAUCGAGUUGUUCAUGGGGGAGACUAUGAGCGCUCAGUGGUAAUCACCGACGAAACCUAUCACCACCUGGAAAGACUGGAAGAUCUAGCUCCACUACAUAAUUUCUCAGCUUUGGAGAUCAUUCGACUCUGUAGAAAGGAACUUCCCUCUGUUAAGAGUAUCACGUUCUUCGACUCUGCUUUCCACCAGACCCUACCAGAAUAUGUAAAGACGUACCCAAUCAAUCAGGAUACCGCGAAAGCAAAUGGACUUCGAAAAUACGGGUUUCACGGGAUUAGCUACUCCUUCAUCCUACGUUCAGUAGCUCAAUCUCUCGGCAAGCCAGCGGAACAGACUAAUGUGAUUGCGAUGCAUAUUGGAAGUGGUGCUUCAGUAUGCGCUAUCAAAGCAGGCAAGUCUAUUGAUACGUCAAUGGGACUUACUCCCUUGGCCGGCUUACCCGGUGCCACUCGUAGUGGUGACAUCGACCCAUCACUUGUGUUCCAUUACACAAGUGAAGCAGGAAAGUUGAGCCCUGCAAGUACUAAAGAAAUGCAUAUUAGCACAGCCGAAGAAAUUCUUAACAAGAAAUCUGGCUGGAAAGCGCUCACUGGAACCACGGACUUUGCCCAGAUAGCUGUUGAGAAACCCCCAAGUUCACAGCAUAAGCUUGCUUUCGACAUUGUUGUCGACCGCAUUGUGGGGUAUGUAGGUAACUACUUUGUGAAACUAGAAGGAAAAGUUGACGCUCUUGUCUUCGCUGGUGGGAUUGGCGAGAAGAGUGCCCUAUUGAGGAGCUCCGUUGUCGAAAAAUGCCACUGCCUAGGAGUUGCGAUUGAUGCAUCAGCUAAUGACCAAGGGCCCUCCGAUAAUCAGACUGUGACGGACAUCUCCAAGACGGAUGCCAGCGGACCACGCGUAAUAAUUUGUCAGACUGAUGAACAGCUGAACUGGAAAACUCUGUAA